GCUACAAUAACCCUUCUUAAUGCCAAAAAAUAAAGGAAAGGGUGGAAAGAAUCGACGCCGAGGCAAGAAUGAAAACGAGGCGGAAAAACGCGAACUUAUCUUUAAAGAAGAUGGUCAAGAAUAUGCACAAGUUACUAAAAUGCUUGGGAACGGGCGUUUGGAAGCAAUGUGUUUUGAUGGAGAAAAACGACUUGCGCAUAUUCGUGGAAAACUUCGCAAGAAAGUUUGGAUUAAUACAGGAGAUAUUAUAUUAUUAUCUCUUCGAGAAUAUCAGGACAAAAAGGGGGAUGUUAUUUUAAAAUAUACAGCAGAUGAAGCACGUGAUCUUAAGAAUUAUGGAGAGUUACCGGAAAACACAAAAAUUAAUGAGACAGAUAUAUUUGGAGGAGAAGGGGAGGAAGAAUGCAAUUUUGAGUUUGAUAAUGUAGAUAUCGAUGAUAUCUAA